AUGCCGUCCCUCCUAGGCCAUCCCUUCCGCGUGCUCCUCUACACGACCAAAGCGCUAGCCCUAGGCCACCUGCUCGUGACCUACGGAUACAGCACCGGGUACGGGUGGGGCCCAUCCAUGCUACCGACGUUCCUGACGAUGAACGAGUGGUUCGUAACAGACCGAUCGCACCGCCGGGGCCGCGGCCUGCGCGUCGGCGACUGCGUCGUGUACAGCAUUCCAGUCGAGCCCGGCGAGGAGGGCAUCAAGCGCGUCCUGGGCCUGCCGGGGGACUACGUGCUGUUGAACUCGCCGGGCGUGGGCGCUGAUACCAUGAUACAGAUACCGAAAGGUCACUGCUACAUAGUCGGAGACAACCUUCCCUGGUCUAGGGAUAGUCGCGACUUUGGCCCUAUUCCCAUGGGUCUCAUCAAGGGUAAAGUGGUUGCCAAAGUGGUCGUGAACGGUUGGUGGCCGUUUAAUUGGUUCACUAAGGUGGAAAGUGGUCUUCAACCUGUAUUAGAUUCGCCUAAAACCUGA